AUGGCGGAUUUUUGUCCAGUACCCGAAGUCGAUAAGCACGGCGAGUUUUUGGAAAAAGUUAUUGACAUUUUAUUCAAGAACGUCGUGUUCACCACCAGGCAAGACAAAGUGCUUUUAUGGGUGCCUCCGGAAAAGCUGGAAGAACAAUUCGAUUUUACAAUAAACCAAAACGGCGUCGACCAUGACAAGUUGCUGCGGUUAUUGAAAAGCACAAUAAAGUUCAGUGUUAAAACCGGACAUCCCUAUUUCAUUAAUCAACUGUUUUCGGGAUUGGACCCCUACGGCUUGGCCGGACAAUGGCUAACGGACGCGCUCAACGCCAGCGUCUACACUUACGAGGUGGCGCCGGUUUUCACGCUCAUGGAAACCAACGUCAUCGGCGAAGUCUGUCGGAUGAUUGGCCCCCAAUGGGGCGACGGCAUGUUUUGUCCGGGCGGCUCGUUCGGCAACGGUUCAGCCAUUAACUUGGCCAGAUUCCACUACUGUCCGGACAUUAAGAAAAAAGGAAAUGCAAAUGGACGGCGAUUCGUUGUGUUUACUUCCGAGGAGUGUCAUUAUUCUAUAUACAAGUUUGCUUCGUUCCUCGGAAUCGGCGAGGACAAUGUGAUCGCUGUAUCUGUGGACGGAAGGGGACAAAUGAUUCCCACUGACUUGGAAACGAAGAUAAACGAACAAAAAGAGAACGGGGGAGAACCGAUACUAGUUGUGGCUACUUUAGGAACUACGGUGCGGGGUGCCUUCGAUCCAAUAAACGAAAUCGCUGACAUUUGCAAGAAACAUAACAUAUGGCUGCACAUCGACGCCGCUUGGGGUGGCGGACUAAUUUUCUCCCAAAAACACCGGGCCAAACUUAAUGGAAUAGAAAGGGCCGACUCCAUCGUCAUUAACCCGCAUAAGUUGUUGGCGGUGCCUCAGCAAUGUUCGAUGCUGCUGGUCAGGGAUGCUGGCAUUUUGCAUGGGGCGCACGACAGAGGAGCCGAGUAUCUCUUCCAAAGGGACAAGCAUUAUGACAGGUCCUACGACCCGGGGGAUAAAUACCUACAGUGCGGCAGAAAAUGCGAUGUAUUUAAAUUUUGGUUUAUGUGGAAGGCCAAGGGCUCAUCUGGAUUCGCGAACCACAUAGAUACCCUCAUGGAUACGGCGGAAUACUUCGAGAAACAAAUACGCAAUAGGCCGGAAUUCGCGCUGGUUUCCGAACGGCAAUAUAUGAAUGUUUGCUUCUGGUAUUUGCCGAGGUAUUUAAGAGGAAAGUCAAACAUCUCUGAGUAUGCACCUCAACUACACAAGGUGGCGCCAGAAAUACGAGCAGUGAUGAUCAAACACGGCUCUGUAAUGUUGGGUUAUCAGCCGCUGAAAACGCUGCCGAACUUUUUCAGGUUCGUCUCUCAGAAUUCGUCUUUAAAUUGCAAGGAUGUCGACUUCAUAUUAGAUCACAUCGCAGAAAUCGGAAACACUUUGUUUCCUUAAAACAAUUAAUGCUGUAUUGAGUUGUAUCAAUGUAGAACUUGAUUAAAUUAUUAAUAUACAUAA